AUGGCUAUUGACCACUUAACCUAUGAUCCUUCAGAAGAUGACUACAUAGACAUGGAAGUCGGUUCAUACUCCGCCCUCUUCUCCCACUCCAUGAGCUCUCCUCCACACCCAAGAGAGUUUGAGUUUCAAAUGUCAUCAAGCUCACUAGAACUAGAGCCUUCAACCACUUCACCAGCUGAUGAGCUUUUCUACAAAGGAAAGCUCCUUCCUCUUCACCUCCCACCGCGUUUACAAAUGGUCGAAAAACUACUCCAAAACUCCACUUCUUGCUUUGAUCAUAAGCCAAAAGAUAGAUUUGAAGAGUUCUAUAGCACCCCAUUAGGCACUGCUGUCACUACUCCAACAUCAAUGAGUACCCCUUUUGAAUCCUGCAACAUCUCACCUGCAGACUCUUGUCAAGUUAGCAGAGAGCUGAGCCGGGAUGAGUAUAUAUUCGAGUAUGCAACUGAAGGGAGUGGAUUUGGAUAUGUAAAUGAAAACUCCAAAAAAUCUUGGACCAAAAAGUUGAAGCAGUAUUCCUCACUUGGGUCUAAGUUCAAGGCUUCAAGGGCUUAUCUCAAGUCCUUGUUUGGCAAAACUGGUUGCUCUAACGAGUCCAGUGCUGUAGCAGCUUCUAAGAAUGCAGAUGAAGGAAUGGUUAUGAAAUCCGAGGACUUGAGUAAGUACGCAAAGAUGGGAAAGAAAAAUCCAUUUGGACAGAUUCAGAAGGAUAAAUAUAGAAUGUCUGCUUCUGGCAUGAGGAGCUUCAACAAAGAAAAGAUCACUGAGAAUGGUGCUGGUCUACACAGAAGGUCAUUUUCCUUAGCUAUCAAGCGGCAUUCAACAAAGAACUCUACUUCGCCAUCCUCCUCAUCCUCUUCCUCAUCAUCGUCAGCUUCUUCUUCAUCUUCAUGUUCAAAUCAUUCAAAAGGAACUCAGGAGCCAAAGUUUCUGAAGAGAUGCAACAGUGCGAAUUCAGAAAUGGAGAGUUCAAUUCAGGGGGCCAUUGCACAUUGCAAGCAAUCUCAGCAAACACUUCGUUCGAGAAAGACUGCGAGUGAAGUUGGGUUUUACUCAUUGCCAACAUCACUGUCACCUUGUGAGGACAAAGAAGGGCCAGACCUUUGCAGGGGAUGAGAGAAGGAGAGAGCUUGAGUUAAUGCUGUGCUCUUCUUUUCCUUGUUUCUCAAAUUUGAUAAAUGGAGAUGCUUUGGUUCAGUGCAUGGAUGUACUAAAACUACCAAGCAGGAAUAUCUUGUUAUAGUUUGUUCAAAUCCUCAAUAAAAUUUCUG